UGAGACAUUUAAUGUCAUGUCGGGCGGUCUGGGACGCCUCUGGAGACAUUAAAUGUUGUAUCAGUACGAAUGUCUGAUCCUCUCUGUCUGGCAGAGCCUCAGUCCUUCUGUCGGGCGGUUUACUGACGUCAGCUGUACGUCACUGUCGGGCGGUUACCACGAUGGGCCUGGACUAGACCACCUUGGUUUGACUUAACCUUUUAUGGGCUUUUGUAACCAUGGGCCUCAGGCCCACGUAUGUCAAUACUAGGCCCAACAACAACUAACCCUAAGUUAAUGUUUGUUUGUAGGUCUGCCACAGCCAAGCAUGGGAUUCAAAAAUCGUGACUAGUGCAUGGUGGGUGUACCCUCACCAGGUGAGCAAAACUGCUCCCACGGGAGAAUAUCUCACAGGUUGAAGCUUCAUGAUCCGCGGAAAGAAGAACUAUCUCCCCCCUCAUCCUCUCAUCAUUGGAUUUGGUUUGUUAUUCCGCUUGGAUGAGAGCUCUUUGGGUGCUCAUCUGAAUGAACGAAGGGUAAGAGGCGAGGAAGAUGGGACGAGUGAUAUUAUUACUGAAAGUGGUCCUCUUGAGGAGGACAUUUCUGAUUCAGAUUCCGAUCAAGAGGGAACAGAAGUAGAAACCAAGGCUGAUGACUGUACCAUCUCCAGUUCAGAACCGAACGACAAUCCUAGUGGAAAUGGUGUUGCUUCUGUCACUCCACAACUUGAGGAUAUCUUCGACAGGGCUCUUGGGAUUGGGGCAACUACUACAUCUGGAAUGAACUAUACGGUUGAAGCAGCAGCUCAAACUAAUAUAGAAGAGGAACAUGAUGAGGAAGACAGAAAGGCAACAGGGAGAGAUAACCCAUAUGUCUCAAAAGCUGAAAGAAGGAAGCUGAAGAAAGGAGGUAGAGCUGGUGGUCAUACUGAGACGGAGCAUCAACCAGAAGAAGUAAAAGACGCUGCUGGUGUAUCUGUUGAUCAAUCUGACACAAAUAUCCCGAGUAGUAAACCUGGAGGUGGAAAAGUCGGCCGUGGUUAGAAGAGCAAGCUUAAGAAGAUGAAGGUGAAGUAUGCUGAUCAGGAUGAGGAAGAGAGGCGAAUUCGGAUGGCAUUGUUGGCUGUGAGUCUUACUGCCCUCAAUAUGAACUCUGCAUCAACCAUGUUAUUCUCACAUCAGAAAUAUGAAUAAAUGCCCGUAAACUAAGCUCUUGAUGAAUAAAGUUUGUUUGAGCUUCUGCUUACUCAUCAAACGAUACAAUGGUCAUGUUUCAGUCUGCAGGCAAUGCACAGAAGACGGAUGAGGAGAAAGAACAGGUGAACACAGUUACCAUGAAGGAGAAGGUACCGGUCAGUGGUAAGUCUCGUAGCACAUCUAAUUGGAUGAUGAUUUCAUUGACACUUCGCCUAUUUUAAUCUGCUCCGUCCAGAGGUGUGCAUGAUUCGGUCUGGUUCAGAAUUGAAUUAAAUCGACGUAGGGCAGGAUCAACAUAAAGAAAAUUGAGGAUUAGAGUCAAAGCAAAAGUAGUUUGGUCUGAGUUUGAUCCGUUUUUUAAUUUUGAUCAGUCUGCCUCUGCCCGAGUCCUAGCCAGCUUUGAAUUUUGAUCAGUCUACCUCUGCCUUUUUCUCUAAUUUUUUUAGAGGGCCUGUGGAAUCUAAACAAAUCAAACCGUGUUCGAUCCGAACUUUUUUUCUCUCUAUUUGUGAUUGUGUUUGCCUAAAGUAUGGCCUUCCUGUGUACCUUGUGCAGCUGCAAAAACUGCAAUGAACUUGUUUAAUCACACGGCAGAGGCAAGCGCCAGGGAGAAAGAGCUGAUGAAGGCUUGUACUGAUCCACAACUGUUUGCCGCAACAAUUGGGAACGUGAAGAUUAGCGCUGCUGGGUUGACGCAAUUGAAGCAGAAGCAAAAGAAAGGGAAGAAGAGCGACAAGAAGGAUAACAAAUAGUAAUACAAGUGUUGAUUUGUACAUAAAAGUUUUACAGAGAAUUAGUGAAAAGAGAUGUAUCUAGUACCAUAAUUUUAGAUGUUCAAACUGUUAUACGAUUUACUGUAACGGAUAUGGGAUCUUUGCACUGAAAGAGGGAUGCUUGGUGCUCAAGAAAGAUCACAAAUUACA